AUGAAUAUUGCAAUAGAUGAAUAUGGGCAACCAUUUGUUAUAUUAAAAGAAGAAGAAAAAAAAAGGAUAAAAGGAAUUGAAGCCCAUAAAAGCAACAUAUUAGCAGCAAAGGUAGUAUCUGAUAUAUUAAAAAGUUCUAUAGGACCAAGAGGAAUGGAUAAAAUAAUUGUUAGUGAAGAUAAUAAUGUUACUGUAACAAAUGAUGGGGCAACAAUUUUAGAAAAAAUAGAUGUACAACAUGAAUGUGCAAAAUUAUUGGUAGAAUUAUCAAAAAGUCAAGAUAAUGAAAUUGGAGAUGGAACAACAGGAGUAGUUAUAAUAGCGGGUGCUUUAUUAGAAGAAGCUUAUGCAUUAAUUGAUAAAGGAAUACAUCCUUUAAGAAUUGCUGAUGGAUUUGAGAAUGCUUGUAACAUAGCGUUAAAAGUAAUAGAAGAUAUAGCAAUUAGUGUUAAUAUUGAAGAAAACAAUCAUGAAAUUUUAAAAAAGGUCGCCAGUACAUCACUAAGCUCAAAAAUUGUAUCAAGUAAAAAAGAUUUACUAUCUAAUAUUGUAGUUGAUGCUGUUCUUUCGGUAGCGGAUAUGAAAAGGAAAGAUGUUCGAUUUGAUUUAAUAAAAAUAGAAGGAAAAACGGGUGGGUUAUUAGAAGAGUCAACUUUAAUAAAAGGUAUUGUAUUAAAUAAAGAAUUAUCUCAUUCUCAAAUGUGUAAAGAAAUUAGAAAUGCAAAAAUAGCAAUUUUAACUUGUCCUUUCGAACCUCCUAAACCAAAAAUAAAGCAUAAAUUAAAUAUAACAAAUGUUGAAGCAUAUAGAGAUCUACAGACAAUAGAAAAAAAAUAUUUUUAUGAUAUGGUUGAUUCUUUAAAAAAGGCAGGUGCAAAUUUUGUUAUAUGUCAAUGGGGUUUUGAUGAUGAAGCUAAUUACUUAUUAUUAAAAGAAAAUAUUCCAGCAAUUAGGUGGGUAGGAGGAGUUGAAAUGGAAUUAAUUGCCAUUGCAACUGGUGGAAAAAUUAUACCACGAUUUGAAGAUAUUGAUGAAUCAAAGUUAGGUAAAGCUGAUUUAAUAAGAGAAAUUACGCAUGGAACUGUUAAUAAUCCUAUGAUUUAUAUUGAAGGAUGCUCUAAUACAAAAGCUAUUACUAUUCUUUUAAAAGGAGGGAAUCAAAUGAUGAUUGAAGAAUGUGAAAGAAGUGUACAUGAUGCUCUAUGCUCUGUUCGUAAUUUAAUAAGAGAUAAUAGAAUUUUGCCUGGUGGAGGAUCAACCGAAAUUUAUGCUGCAUUAGAAAUAGAAAAUGUUGCUGAUAAAUGUAAAGGUAUCGAACAAUAUGCUAUUAGAGCCUUUGGAAAUGCACUAUUAUCUAUACCAAUAAAUUUAUGCAAUAAUAUGGGACUAAAUAGCAUUGAUAUUAUUUCUGAAAUUAAGAACAAAAUCAUUCAAGAAAAAAAAAUAAAUUUAGGUAUUGAUAGUUUAAAUUACAAGGUUGAUGAUAUGAUAGAAAAAGGAAUUUUUGAGACAUUUAAUUCCAAGUAUAAUCAAUUCUCUUUAGCUACUCAGGUUGUUAAAAUGAUAUUAAAAAUUGAUGAUGUAAUUGCGCCAAAUGAUUUUAAUUAA